ACUCCCUCCCCUUAUGUCUCUGUGUUUUCUCUCGCUUACUGCCGACCCCCCCCCAUCCUAUCCCACCCCAGCCAGCAAAGACACACAUCACAUUGCGAAGGGAGGCCAACAGAAAAGUUUAAUGUGAGUUUAGCGAACAAACAGUAAGCAUGCUCUUUCGGUGCUGUGUCUGCAGCGAGCACACACGGGUACUCGAAGAAAGAAGUUUUGUGUGCUCGGAAGAUGAUGGGGGGAGGGGCUGCCAAGGCCAGGCUGAAUGCUAAUUGCCAGUGAGUUGUUCGGGGAGACUGUGUAAGAAUGGAAGAUUUGUUGUAAAACAGUCACUAGUUCUGUUGUGCUGAGUUGAGAGGUUACCCUAGCCUUGUAAAGGUGCCAGACAUAUGCACAGCUAAAAGAAGGAACGUACCGGAGUUUCUGACAUUGUGGAUGAUCUAGGGACCAUAGAAAAUUGGCAAAUCAGAUUUAUUUAGCAGCACAGAACUCCCAAGAGCUCCAAAGAGCUCCUUAAAGGAACCUGCAAGCAGUCCAUGUAGUACCUCUUUUUAUUUUUCCUCUUCAGUGUGCUCAGAGAUGUAAGUAUGUGGACAAUGCAGGGUUUCACAUUUCUCAAGAAGGUCAUACCGUCUCGGCUGCCAGAUUGGACUAGGUGUUUAAUUUGCUGGCUGAAGGAGAACAUAAAGUGAAGGGAUCGAUGGAAUUAAAGCUCAGCAUCUCUCCCUGAGGCCCUCCGAGAUUUGUCAGUGUGCACGGAAAACGUUUUACCAGCAUUGUGAAGGAUAAACCAAGGAGUACGUGUUUUUUUUUACCCAUGUUCACCCCCAGGUACACCCAUGGGUGCUGUAACUGUCUUGUUGGUGAGCCCUAAUUAACAUUCUGUACCUACUGUACAGGCUUUGGUUUGUCUUUUUUUUUCUUGUUCCUCUGUGGAGUAACCUUCUCCUCACUCUUGAUAGCUUGGUCUCAGCAGUUUGAUUUGCAUAGAAAUGAAAAGGUGAGUUAAUGAUUCAUUGGCUCAAGCUGACCUUCCAAAUUCUUCUCAACAGUGAAGCAGCUCUGCGGUUCAGUUUCUUUUGUUUCCUGCCGUUUUGAGGACUGUCGUCUGGCUGUCUUGCCCCAGCGAUGUGCGUGUCUGAUUGCUUGGAUAGCCCUGUGUGUUUUAGUGUAAUUCCCUCCCUGGAUUAUUAAGCAGUAUGAUCCCAGCAUUGCUGUUUCCUUACUGUAAAUCACGCCUGGAGUAGGGACACCUCUGAACACAGCAGAGUUUGGCAUUCUAUCAUGUUUCAGCUGACUGCUCUCACUGAUGUGUUUGUUUGAAACACAUCAGAAAAAGAAAUGGAUUCCGACUCGGAUUCUCCAUUUAAUUACUCUUGGCCUUCCUUUCCCAAAAUGAGGAUUCGACGGAGAUCUUCAAAGCAAGAAAAAAAUCACUCUCCUUCUUUCAAGAAACCUCAGAUACACUCCACAUUCACUGCAGCUUCCAGACUCUCGGCAAUGCUGAAUGGGAAGGAUGAAAUUUAUGCCAACUCCAUGCUUGUAGAUAAGGUGGAUGACCUGGAUAUAAAAUACAGCAUUGAUGGGGUCACCACUGAAAGCACACAGACAGACAGCUGUGCAUCAGAUCUGAGACAGGGAAGACUCUCUCACUCUGGAGUUCACUUCCCAGAGGAAGCAGGUUCAUCCGCCUGCUGUAAUCACAUUUCCGAACAUUGUGGUGACGAAAGGCAUACGAGCAACAAUGCAGGAGACAGAGAACAAUUUCCUUCAGUUUCCCCUGCCAACUUGGCACUGGCUAGACUGAAUCAACCACACCGGCCUCAUGUCUUCAAUAAAGAAGGAAGUCCACCGCAGAACAGCACAUGCACACUGAGCCCCAAUUUGGUCGCUCUUGAAGUAGACAGUGAAGAUGAUGAUACAUUAGACAAAUCUCCUCUAUCCCAAGCUUCUACAUCUCCCCAGUCCGUUGCAGCUCUGCAGCCAAGCAGUGCGGACGAGCAGGACUCCUUUGACACUUCCCCUGAGCUCAGCUCCAGUAGGGCCAGAUCCUUGUCUUCACAUACCAACACCCUCUCAAAGGCCUAUGAAGUUCACAGUCCGCAGGAGUCAGGGGACCCUGGGAUCCGGCUGCGCUCCUACUCCUAUUCCUCCCCCAAGAUAAGCCUCUCCAGGCCGCGAUUCUCUCGGGACACCAACAUCUCAGAUCUCACCGAAGAUGGUGUGUUCAACAGCAGCGGCCGAUCCCUCCUUCAGGCUCUGUCUCUAUCUAAAUCAAUGUCUCUUCUCAACCCUGUUAAGCAGCGUGCUUUCAGCUUGCCUGAACACCCAAGAGAGAAAAGGGAGUUAAGUUUCCGUAAAAGGGCUCAAUCAGCCGAGGACGAGGGCAGCGCCGAGCUGGCAGACUCCCUUCAGCACCUCACUCUCUCCGAGUUCCUCAAGGAAAUUGAAGAGGAAGAAUGGGAUAAAUACAUCAUUCCUUCAAAGUCUGAAUCAGAAAAGUACAAAGUGAGCCGCACCUUCAGUUUCCUGAAAAGCAGGAUGUCCAGCACACGGAGCAAGAACAAGGGGAAAAACAAGGAUAAAGAAGGAAAGGAAAAGUUGGUCAAUGGACACCAGUUUCUUGCUGGUUCUUGCUCUGGGCUGACAUUGUGUUUGGUCUGUGACAAACCUGCCAUCGGAAAAGAGCUCCUACAGUGUUCCAAUUGCACUAUCAAUGUACACAAAGGCUGUCGAGAUUCUUCCACUCCAUGCCUUAAGAAGCUGCAAGAUAAGUAUGGAGUAACAGUAAAGUCUAAGACGGCAUCUCUCCCACUGACUUCAUCAACAAGAGAAAUCCCUCAUUCUUCUGGUUCACUAAACACUUCGUCUCCAUCCCUCCCUGUGAUGAUGGCCAAGGAUACGAAGAGAGAACAGUCCUACCAGGCGCAUCCUCUGUCCAAGAGCGCAUCUGCUGUUACUGAGCGGAGGCUGAGUGAGGGUAUGGAGGCUGAUGUAGACAGCAGCAGUUGGAGGGGCAGGUCUCAAUCAGAGGAGAUCCUGCAGGUGAUGGGGACAUCACCCUCCACGGACAGUUUUAUAAUAGAAGACACAGUGGAUGUCCCUUUGCGCAGUGACUUCAGUGCUGAUUUGCUAGACUAUGAAGCAGAGUCCUGGAGUCUGUAUGUAGACCCCAAGUUCUGCAGCAAACAGGAGAAGCGCGUUAUCAAGAGGCAGGAUGUUAUCUAUGAACUAAUGCAGACAGAGAUGCAUCACAUCCAGACACUGACCAUCAUGUCUGAGAUCUUCAGAAGAGGCAUGAAGGAGCAGCUACAGUUGGACCAUUACACUGUGGACAAGAUCUUCCCCUGUCUAGACGAGCUCUUUGAUAUCCACAAGAGCUUCUUUAGUGCAAUGAAGGAGCGACGCCAGCAUGGCACAGAGGAGAACAAUGACAGGAACUUCCUUAUUGACAGAAUAGGAGAUGUCCUUGUGCAGCAAUUUUCUGAUGAAAAUGCAACGAAAAUGAAACAGGUGUAUGGAGAAUUUUGCAGCCACCACACAGAAGCUGUGAACUUUUUUAAAGAGCUGCAGCAACAGAAUAAGAAAUUUCAAGCAUUUAUUAAACAACAAAGUAAUAACUCUUUGGUUCGAAGGAGAGAAAUCCCAGAAUGCAUCCUUUUGGUAACACAACGCAUAACCAAGUACCCAGUCUUGGUGGAACGAAUUCUUCAACACUCAAAGGAGGGCACAGAGGAACACGCAGACCUGAUUCGUGCACUAUCAUUGAUCCGGGAGGUGAUCGCUGCCGUGGACCUGAAGGUCAGCGAGUACGAGAAGGAGCAAAAGUUAGUGGAGAUCCUGAACCGGAUAGAGAAUAAGACCUUUGCCAAGCUGAAGAAUGGGCACACCUUCCGCAAGCAGGACCUAAUGAGCCAAGGCAGGACCCUGCAGCACGAUGGCCUAGUGUACUGGAAGACAGCCACAGGGAGGCUGAAAGAUAUCAUGGCACUGCUUCUUACUGAUGUUCUCAUAUUUCUUCAGGAAAAAGACCAAAAAUAUAUCUUCGCAACAGUGGAUCAGAAGCCUCCAGUGAUCUCUCUGCAGAAACUGAUUGUAAGGGAGGUGGCCAAUGAGGAGAGAGGGAUGUUUCUUAUCAGUGCAUCCUCAGCGGGUCCUGAGAUGUAUGAAAUCCACACAGCAUCCAAGGAAGAGCGUAACAACUGGAUGAGACUGAUCCGAGAGGCAGUGGAAAGCUGUCCCGAAGAGGAGGAAGAGCGCACUAGCGAAACUGAGGAGGACAAGCGAGCUGCUGAAGCCAGAGCUCAGAAGAUUCAAAAAUUUCAGGAAACUCUGAUUAACCAGGACCAGCAGAUCUGUAACAGUCUGGAGGAGAAGCUCAGGAUCUACGCCGAGUUGACAGUAAUGAGUGUCAAUGAGGAGUCUGCUCCUGAUCCUCAUCUUCUGAUCCGGCCGGACCCAGAGGAGGUGCCCCAAGCUGCAGUCCUCUUGGCAGCUGCGCUCAGAGAGGCUGAAAAACUAACUGCUGCACUGACAUCUCAGUCAUGGUCCUCUGACAGCCAAUCACAGGAGAGUGUUGCAGAACCCAGCUCGCCAGGGAAACUCAAAGACUUUGGAAGUUUUAGUAGCAUCCCAGAGUCUCCAACUGAAUCAGAUUACCCGAACACUCAAAGUUCGAGCUCUGUGUCUCUGACUUCAGACUCUGAAAUGAGAGAAGGAGAGUGGUCUGGGGACAUUUUGCAAUCCCUGACUGAAGUCAGAAGAGGGGAUGCCACCAAUAUUAACCUUAAGGUGGUGCAGAGUGUUCAGAGCUUGACACAGUUACUUUACAGCCUACAGGCUGCAGUGACCAUUCAGGACAGCUGCUAUGAAGUCCAGAAGCUAAUCCUACAGGAAAAUGAGCGCUUGCCUCGUCUUCCCAGUUCCCGUGGCAACCUGCUGCAAGAGCAGGAGAAGCAGCGCAACCUGGAGAAGCAGCGGGAGGAGCUGGCCGGGGCGCAGCGACUGCAGAACCAGCUCAGACAGGAGCAGCAGCGCUGGGAGCGCGAGUGCGAGCUCCGCCAGCGCCAGCAGGGGGAGAAGGAGAGCCAGCUGGAGCACCGCGAGCGAGACUGCCACCUGCAGGCCGAGCAGCUCCAGCGCGACCGGGAGGAGCUGGAGGCCCAGCUCCGCGAGUACCAACACAGCCUGGAGCGGCUGCGGGAGGGCCAGCAGUUGGUGGAGAAAGAGAGGGAGAAGCUGGAGACCCAGCAGAGUAUGCUGCAGGGCUGGAGGCACAACCGCCAGAGAAGCCUGCCAGUCAUGAUGAUCCCACUGGACAGCAACCAGGGUACAAGUCACAGCCGCUCGGAAAGUUUUGAUGGGGAUGGCUCUGUGUUUGUCAACGAGGCAGCCUUGCAGAUGUCUCUGAACAGCCACCACCGGACAAGCUCUCUGGUGUACACAAAUAAUCCCAGUGCACACAACAAUCUGAACUCAGUGAUUGCAAGGACAAAUGACAAACAGGGCAACCAGAGAACUGACUUUUCGUACAAUCCACUGGGCUCCAGUCAAAGCAGAAGAACGACAACCGCACAACAACAAAUUCCAUUGUAUACUGGGACCAGCGCUGGAGGACACGGCGACAGAGCAAAUAACGAUAUCAACACACAUCAUUAUAGCACUGACAGACCGCCUCCAGAACAGGGGAUGAGUGGAUCCAGUUUCUAUCAUGGAUACUCACAGUCACCUCCAGGCAAUCUGCUGACAAAUCCACAGACCUACAUCUCUCUGGAACCUGAGAAUGGAGAAGAUGAUGGAGAAGAGAAUAUAGUGUACCUCUGAGUCAAUCUGCAGAGCAGUGCUUCGGCCUCAAGGAAGUGUUGUAUAUUUUCUCACUUAAACACUCAGAGAUUAAAGAGCUGUUAAGAGGGUUUCAUGUAUACCUGUGUGUAUAUAUUACAAAUACAGGUUAGAAUAUGUAUUAUAUACUGUAUGCACAUACAGUACUUGUUAUUAGUGCUUAAACUGUACAAGCACAUACAGUGGUGUGAAAAAGUGUUUGCCCCCUUCCUGAUUUCUUAUUUUUUUGCAUGUUUGUCACACUGAAAUGUUUC